GUUUGGAGCUUUACGCUUCAUGGAAGCCCUUUCGGGGAUAAAGAAAAUCGGUUUGUUCCCUCGACUUUGUCUUGACCCGUUCUUGGCACAGUAAUGUAAUUUAUCGGUUGGUUGUCGACGAUGCUGGAUGUCUUGACUCAUGAAUCCCUGACUUGACACUGGAGGAUGGACUUUGCGCUUCAGGCCUUGGGUUUUUGGUUGUCAGUCACUCUAGCUUCUCAUUGUGAACUCGCAGCCUCCAUCACCAUGCAUGCCUUUUGUUGUCUUGUAUAUCGACCAUCCCCUUUCACUCGUUUUUACCUUUCCCCCCCUUCCGUGCUCCCCACUUUUUUUUUCAAAUUGUAUAAAACCCAUAUCUUUGUCUCUAUGCGGUACAAUGGACCUUACACGUUGUUGUCCUUUGUUUAAAGGCAAGGUUAAACAAGUGAGCGAAAUUCCUGCACAU